GGUAUUUCAAACGCAGAUGUUUUGUAGAUGCUGUCUUCACUUUUUCCUUCAAAAGUUCCGUCUCGUAUCAACAUGCCUACCGUAGAGGAUAUACCUCCAACCUCGAAUGAUCGGAAUGGGACAAGAGUUGGUUCAAUCGUCGACGGAGCCUCUGGGGCAAAGACUGGCGUAUCGAAAAAGCAUCUCGUCGGGUUACCAGACAUCUUCGAUGCCCGCGUCCAUGCCGUGAGCGGGCAUGAUGUCGACCGAGAAACUACUAUAAUUCAGCUCCGACUCCAUGGCCGGUUCAUCGAUGCACUGGUUGACUUGUCAUUCACCGAUUCAGCAAGCGUUGAUAAAUCGAGGAACAUCGCCCCGGAGUCGCUGCUCCGUGUACUGGCUUGGAGCACUCACAAUGCCGACAUUGAACCAAAUGGCUCUGAAACGAAUGACAAACUCCCUACGACUGUUAGAGUCCACAGACUUACCAUUCUGUCCAACGCAAAGCCAGGUAUUUUCCGCGGUGUCGUCUCUCACGGAGCCCCCGGCGAACCAUUUGGGGAAGUGGACUUAAACGCUACGCUCAACGAUCGCCUGGAUAACCGACUUCUGGACGUCCGGGUCGCGGCGACGAAUGCCAUCUUUAGACUGUCCUCGGGCGUGCAUGAACUUGCUGUUCAGUAUAUGUCAGCAUGUUCAUUCCACUUUGUUCCGACUCCGACCUUGAUCAAUUAUGAGUUCCCGGGUGAAGAGUGGCUGCAAUUCGGCCUUCCGUAUUUCCAUGACAGACCGGCGUGGUUGACCCAGACUGGAGAGGUGCAUUUGGGCAUGGCGCUUUCUGCAGAUCUUGAACGAGUGUAUGACUUGCAUACCGUGUUCCGCCGGGAAGAGGAGAUUGAUUCAAGACAUCUUACUGAGUUCACAAUGUUGGAGGCCGUUUUCAAUUUGAAGAACGACUGGCUGGAGAUUCUCGACUUCGCCGAAGGUCUGUUGAUAUUCCUCGUUCAGACUCUGCAGGAACGUGAUAAGUAUCUCUCUCUCAUACAUACUGCCCAAACACUGUAUCCCAUGGCAGGAACAUUGAAACUAGGGCUUAAUGCAGAGGGGAAACUGUUGCGCCUCACAUUCGUCGAGUGCAAGAAGAUCCUCCGGGAAGCACUAAAAAUGCAGUCGGAGGAUAAAGACGACCUUACGACCGCAGAAGAGGCAGCUCUAGGCCGCUACCUCGCGAGUGAAGCAUCCGAAUAUGCACCACCCACCGAUCUUUUCGUUGUCACAAACUUUCCUCGCCAUCUGCGUUCUUUCAGCGUCCAUCCGUCCGCUCAAAACGACUCCGAAUCAUUCGAUGUUAUUCUCCGUGGCCAAGAGAUCAUCACUGGCUGCCGAUUGAUCAAUGAAUUCAACGACUUGCGUAGAGCCAUGACGACUCGCGAGCAUCCUAUUGACCCGGACUGUGAUGGGUGGCGACCGUAUGUGCAAUCUCAUGAGAUUGGUAUGCCACCAUGGGGUGGAUUUGGAUUGGGCAUGAACCGUUUCGUUCAGGGGUUGGUCGGUUUGACGGAUAUUCGCGAGACUGUCUUGUUCCCGCGUGAUGCCAAACGUCUUUCUCCUUGAUAGAAUUUCUAUUCUUAAACUCGAUGAGCAUAUGGCUUUAAUGCAAGGUCCUAUAUCAACGUCAGGAGCAGGUCGAAGCACAGAGGUUAAUCUCAUGAAUGUCUUAUCUUGGUGGCCAACAG